CCUGUGAAACUGCGUAUCCGGAACUUGUGUGUCCAUAAUCAUCGUUUUGAAUCUGUAGUUCAGUUAACCUGUUAGUUAGACAUAGCUAAUAGCUAAUGUUGAAAAUUUAUGAGCUAAAUGCAUGUUUAUAAGAUGUCGUCUAGCUGUUAAUGCAGCAGUGCGUGAGGAACGAUGUAGCAGCGGUGAAGUAAUGUCAACUCAUCACGACCUUGUUCGUUUACUAUGAGCUCCCUAUCAGCCCAGGCUCCGGCAUCAAGCUCAUCAUGCAGGACACUACCUGGAGAGGGGAAUCAGGUCCAACCAAAGGCCCCUCUCCUGCAGAUUCUGCGUGUUGCCGGAGCCCAGGAAGAAGUCUUCACACUCAAAGAGGUGAUGCACUACUUGGGUCAGUACAUCAUGGGGAAGCAGCUGUACGACAAACAGAGGCAGCACAUAGUCCACUGCCAGGAUGACCCCUUGGGAGAGCUGCUAGAAGUGGACAGCUUUUCCGUCAAAAACCCGAGCCCGGUGUAUGAAAUGCUGAAGAAAUACUUGGUUGUGCUUGGUUGUGCUGACGCUGCAGAGAAUCUUUCUGUGGGCCGUGAAUGUGUAGAGGGCGGAGUGGAGGAUCGUGGUCAGAUGUGCGGAGGUGUGGUCAAAGCAGGACUGGAGGCUUGCAAUGAUGGGCCUCUCCUGCAGACCCCCUCCCAGAGGCGACCUCGGGAGCCAGACGAUGAUUCGCUUGAAGGCCUACCACGGUCAGCCUGCAAACGGCCCAAACUGGAUGUAACUCUGGACGACUGGGACCUAUCUGGCCUUCCCUGGUGGUUUUUGGGUAAUCUCCGUAGUAACUACAGCCGGAGGAGCAAUGGCUCCACCGACAUCCAUACAAACCAACUGUCUCCUGCACAGGAGGAGGACACGGCCAUCGUAUCGGACACCACAGACGACCUCUGGUUCCUGACCGAGGGUGGGAGUGAACAGGUGAGCGUGGAGAUGAAAGAGGCUGCCUUAGAGGAAGGGAGCGGAGGAGAAGGAGAGGCACCCCCUGAGGAUGAUGAUGGAGGAGGGAAGGAGGAAAAGGCAGAUCGAGAGAUGCAGGAGGAGCCAGAUGAAGACUCUCAGUGUCUGAGUGAUGACACGGAUACAGAGAUCUCCACACAGGAUGCAUGGCAGUGCACAGAAUGCAGGAAGUACAACACGCCUCUACAGAGGUACUGUGUUCGCUGCUGGGCCCUGCGUAAGAACUGGUACAAAGAUGUCCCUCGACUCGCCCAUUCCCUGUCUGUUCCUGACAUCCCAGCAUGCAGCUCCCUCACCACCCAUGAUGAAGAAGAUGACAGCGACACAGGCAUUGAUGUCCCAGACUGCAGCAGGACAGUGUCUGACCCUGUCAUCCUGCCCUCUCACUCCACAGCUGACCGGCCGCUGCCCCCUAUGGUCAUUGGGAAAGGCAAGGGGCCUCGGCCCUCGGGCUUCCACAAGGAUGAGCAGCUCUCAGGAGGGGAGAGUCAGGAAAAUCUGGGCAUGGAGGUUGAAGAAGUUAGGCCUGAGGCACUGCUGGAGCCAUGCAAGCUCUGUCGAGUGCGACCACGUAAUGGAAAUAUAAUACACGGACGUACGGCUCACCUGCUAACGUGCUUCCCAUGUGCCAGGAGGCUGCAUAAGUUCCAGGCCCCUUGUCCAGGGUGUGGGAAGAUAAUUCAGAAAGUUAUUAAGAUAUUCAUCCUCUAAAAAUCUAUCUCUCCCACACACCCACACACACACAUUUGUCAGGCUAUUGGGACCUAAAUAGCAAAAACCUCAACACACAUUUUCAGACUCAUUUGACCAUACAGCUGCAUGCACUAGGGUACACACACUGCUUUUAGACACAGACAUAAAAUGUACACAAAGUAUAGCACUUGGUGAAGCUUGCUCUUGGUUGCAUGAUUUAUUUUGCAUCACACUGCCUCUGAAGUAUUAUUAGAUAAAACCUUGGACAUAAGAGUUUUGUCACACCAAAUGUUUGUUUGGGUGCCACAUUUAAAUAAGGGACACAAAGACAGAAGUAUUUAUUUAUUUAUUAGAAGAUCACAUAGAUAUGCACAGUUUGUGUGAACUAUAUUUGAUUUCAUGAAGGCUUGUCUUUUAAGGCUAUGCCAAUUUUCUCAUUGGUUUUUGCAUUGCAUUUGUUGAAUGGUGCCAUUUUAAAAAACCAGUGUUGCUUGCCUUAGUUCCUUUUAGUUUCUCCAUAGAUUCACUUCGGUCAUCAUCUGGACAAAAAUCUGCAGGUAUGUAACUACAAGAUAAUUUUCUUUAAGCAUUCUCGAGGCCAUUUUGUUCUUUCUUUUUUACCUCUUUUGUGUCCUCUUAGGUAUUCUGGCUCUGAGAUUUGAGUUAUGAAGACAAGAUUGAAGGAAGAACAGGCGAGUGAGUCUUAAAAACCAUGAUUUUGUUUUCAGCAGCUGCAGCUCCAUCAAAAUAUCCUAUUAAGCUUUUACUUAAAAAAAUGCGUUCUCUCAGCAUAAGUGAAUGUACUGUAAAAUACAAAUGUGGUGGCUUAAGUCCUGUUUUUCUCAAAAUAGCAAUUUAAAAUGUAGAAUUGAAUUUAACCGGCUUGAGAAUGCACAGCUGAAGUAUUUACUGUAGUUUUCUCUCUGGGUAGUAAUUUGAUGUUAAUAUGUAUUCAACAUUUACAAUUACCAAGCCUCUCAUGACAGUUAUGCCUGCAGUAAGUUAUGUCAAAUAAUUGUCGGUUAAUGUUUAAAUGACAUCAUUCAGAAAGGGUUCUUUACACCCUUAGCUGAACUUAGAUGAAUUAAUAAUUUCUGUAUAUUUUGUAUUUAAUUUAUUUAUGAUUGUUUUGUUUAGAUGAUCACCUGUAAUGAAGCAGAAAAAAGGCUGCACUUGUUACAUAGUUCUAAUGUGUAAUUUACAGCAAAAGUGUUUUCUGAGAGAUAAACAGAAAGUCUUUAAGGAAACAGGCUAAGUUACUAUAUGUACACUCAGUGAAAAUGACUGUGCAGUACUUAUUAGGAGUUGUGGAGUUUGAUUUAAGCAUUACACUGCCAAGUAAUGACUCUGAACCUUUGAUUUGUACAUAAUAGAUUUUAUUUUAAUGGUUCUGCAUCAUUUGAAGAUUGUAGAUACUAUUUACUUUGAGUGAGUGUGUGAAUUGUCUUCAAAUACAGUAUGCUCUUCAGCUUUCACAAGCAAGAUGCCCAGUGACAGUUAAUUCUUGGUGCUGCUUGGUGUACAGGGAAUGUCAUAGUACUUUGUUCUGCUCUUUACUUGCGCUUAAUCUUUCUGCCAGCAGGUGGGGAGAAGUCUCAAUAUUGUAUCUGGUGCAUACAGAAGCUGUAUAGUACCAGUAAUAACACGUAACGCAUAUAUAGAGCAUGCCUUCUGUUGUGACUAGACUCAGCACUGGGCUGGUGUGAGAGCUAUAUUAGCUAUAUAAAAACUAUAAAAGAUUAAUGUAGCCUGUUGUAUUUAUCACCAUCACCGUGCAUCCAGAGAAACAAACCACCUCUAGAUAAAAACCUCAUAAGAACGGCUUAGUACAUAUAGUACCAGUGAUACUGGUCCAGAAUGACACAUAAUUGUUACAAUUAUUGACAAGACUGUAAGACUACAAUGUGCUCAAAACAUGGUACAGCUAAUAUAGUUGUUGUUUUUCUACUGGUCAUGGAAUAAAAUAAGUUGUUUUGUAAAGCAAUAAAGA